AUGGAGACAAGUACAUUUAGGUAAAGAGAAUCAAACUCAAAAUAGAGUAAUUUAGAAAACAUUGAAAAUCAAUAUAACAAAGUAAUUAUUAGAUUUAUGUUUAGAAUUUGAUCAUGCUUACAACUUAAGUUGAACGACUUACAUUAGCUUUGAAGAAGAAAACUAAUGAAGUUGAAAUGCUAUAAAAUUAAAUUGACACAUAGAAAUCAACGUAAAUUCCAUUAGAAAUGGAAGAAUUGAUUACAGUACAAAAUAUUUAAAUUUUAGACAGUUGAGGAAUAAACUAAAGAAAUAGAAAAAUGGGCAUAAAAAUAUUAAACUAUGUAAUAGUAGAAUCAGCAAUUACAACAGAGGAAUAAGGAAUUAGAUCAAAUUGUCUAAUUACUUAAAAAUCAAUCUCAACAAGAAUUAAGAUCAAAUGAAAGUUUAUUUUUUUUCUAUUUUAUUAGGUCUUUCAUCUAAACGAUUUUAUUAAUCAGAAAUAAGUAGAAAAGAAAAUAAAUAUGAAACGAAUGAAACAAAUAUAAAUUCUUAAUCAAAAUUAUUAUCCAAAUAAGAUGAGAUAAAUCAUUUGAGAUUAUAAUUAGGAUAAUUAAAAUAAGAACUCUUGGAAGAAAAAUAAAUUCAUAGAGAAUUACUAGAAGCUGAAGAAACUAGAGUUAGAGAUUAAGAAAGAAAGAAUUUUAACUAAUAUAAAUUAGAAACUAAAGAAUAAUUAAUUUUAUAUAAGAAUCAGAUUUAAGCUCUAUAAGAUAUGUUAGAUAAUAAAUAGUAAGUGUUAAAAUAAGAUAAUUUUGAAGAAAAGAAUCGAGAACUUAAUUUAUAAAUUUUAGAAAAGAAUAAAAAAAUAGAAUUACUGGAAACAAUUAUCUCAUAAAAGGAUUCUUAAAUUUAUUAAUUGUAAUAACAAUUAGAGAAAUAUUAAAAAGAAUAAGUUCAAUUAAUAAAAUAAUAAUAAUCAUAAAAAUAACUUACCCUUCCCUCAUAAUCUUCUACUUAUAGAAUAAGUUCAACUUAACAUUCAUCUUUUGACAAUAAUUAUGCUUCUUUGGUAAAUUUAAAUAAGACUAAUUCUAUUUAAGAUUAGAUUAAUUAAACCAUGGCUUAAAUCAAUAGAUCUAUUUAAUAGGUUGAUCAACUUAAAUAAACAAACAUUGUCAAUCAAAAAUUAUUUUAGGAAUAAUUUAAUAACAAUAAUGUUUAAAGCUCCUUAAGAAAUUCAUAAAUACCAUAAACUCAAUCAAAUUUAACAUUAUAAGAUAAAAUUAAAGCUCUAUCCUCAAUAACUCAAUAGUAAACUACUUAAAAUUAUAAAUAUAUAUGA